UCUCACACUAAUUUUCCCGAGAAACAAACACUCCCUCUUUUCUCUCCGACAAGAAAAAUCUUGGACAAGGAACAAGACAACGCUGUUUCUCGAUCUCGUCUACGUAGGAAAAGAAGAGAUCAAUGGCGGGUGAUCAACUGCAGGUUCUAAACGCACUUGACGUGGCGAAAACGCAAUGGUACCAUUUCACAGCGAUUAUAAUCGCGGGAAUGGGAUUCUUCACAGACGCGUACGAUCUCUUCUGCAUAUCUCUGGUCACGAAGCUCCUUGGACGCAUCUACUACCAUGUGGACGGCUCCAAGAAGCCCGGAACGCUACCGCCGAACGUCUCAGCCGCUGUUAACGGCGUCGCGUUUUGCGGGACGCUGGCGGGUCAGCUCUUCUUCGGCUGGCUCGGCGAUAAAUUGGGGAGGAAGAAAGUGUACGGGAUGACUCUAAUGCUCAUGGUUAUCGCUUCCGUCGCCUCUGGUUUGUCCUUCGGAUCAGACCCCAAGUCUGUAAUGGCCACUCUCUGUUUCUUCCGCUUCUGGCUCGGCUUCGGCAUCGGUGGAGAUUACCCUUUGUCGGCUACGAUAAUGUCCGAAUACUCUAACAAGAAGACUCGCGGUGCGUUUAUCGCCGCCGUUUUCGCCAUGCAGGGAUUCGGAAUCAUGACCGGUGGGAUUUUCGCAAUCAUCGUAGCGGCUGCGUUUGAGGCUGGGUUUCCGGCCCCUGCAUACGAGGUGGACGCAGUCGCGUCGACGGUUCCUCAGGCGGAUUACGUCUGGAGAAUCAUUCUGAUGGUCGGAGCUUUGCCCGCUGCUCUGACGUACUACUGGAGGACGAAGAUGCCCGAAACGGCACGGUACACUGCGUUGGUCGCUAAGGACGGGAAACAGGCGGCUUCGGACAUGUCUAAGGUUCUGCAAGUUGAGAUCGAAGCGGAACAGCAGAAAGUGGAACAGCUUGCUCAGGAUAAGUCCAAUUCCUUUGGCUUGUUCUCCAAGGAAUUCCUUCGCCGGCACGGGCUUCACUUGCUCGGGACGACCAGCACUUGGUUCUUGCUCGACAUCGCCUUCUACAGCCAGAACUUGUUCCAGAAGGACAUUUUCAGCGCGAUCGGAUGGAUUCCUCCCGCUCAGACCAUGAACGCCAUCCAAGAAGUCUUCAGAAUCGCCCGUGCUCAGACCCUCAUCGCCCUGUGCAGUACCGUCCCCGGCUACUGGUUCACCGUCGGUCUCAUCGACAUCAUCGGAAGAUUCGCCAUCCAGCUGAUGGGUUUCUUCUUCAUGACGGUGUUCAUGUUCGCUUUAGCCAUUCCUUACGACCACUGGACUCACAAGGACAACAGAAUCGGAUUCGUGGUGAUGUACUCUUUAACCUUCUUCUUCGCCAACUUCGGACCUAAUGCCACGACCUUUGUGGUUCCUGCCGAGAUCUUCCCGGCAAGACUCAGGUCAACCUGCCAUGGAAUAUCCGCUGCAUCGGGUAAAUUGGGAGCCAUUGUAGGUGCAUUCGGGUUCUUGUACUUGGCUCAGAGCCCGGACAAGGCAAAGACAGAGGCAGGAUACCCUCCUGGUAUCGGGGUGAGGAACUCCCUUAUCGUGUUGGGCGUCGUCAACUUCUUGGGGAUGGUAUUCACUUUCUUGGUGCCUGAAUCAAAAGGCAAGUCUCUGGAAGAAAUGUCGGGAGAAAACGAGGAGAACGACAACGACAACAACAGCAACAACAAUAGGACCGUCCCCAUCGUAUAGUUUUUUAUCUCUCUGAUGAUAUGUUACGUUUGCGAUGAUGUUCGGGUUUUGGGCAAGAACAAAGAUUUAGGCUUUGUUGUCUUAUUUUGUGAACUCUCUCUUGUUUCUUUUAUGUAAUAUGUUAAUCAUUAAAUGAACGCUACAGAGUUCAACA